AUGGUCAGACACCAGUCCGGCGCUGGAAGCAUAGGAGAAUUCCGUGAAUUAAAUGUGAAGCUGAACUUAUACAAUGCAGCUAAUUUACGCAAGCUACUCAAUGUCCGUGGGUUAGAGCGAGGAGAUGAACUUCAAAACAUUAUCGCCAAAUUAUCGCGCGAGGAUUCGCAUCAUUGA